AUGAUGCGUCCAGCCGCGGAGGAAUACACUCGAAGGCAACUUGGUGCGGAAGCUAGCGGUUCGGGCAUGCUGAAAACCAUUUUGACCGUCGUCGGUUGCGCUGUUGCCUACUUGGGAUUGAUAAUUGCCUUAACGGUCUUCUGCAGCAUGCGAAUGGUUCGUGCACGUCGAAAGCGGUCACCCAAAGCACUUAAAAUCCACGAAAAUGGCCAGUUGUUGACACCAGGAGGUGAACCAAAUGGAGCUGGUGGAAUGAACGGUACCCCGCAAAACAGCGCAUGUGGUCCUGGAAAUGCCUUCGACUCCGGGUUGCAUAUGACUGGUGCGGGAUCUGGAGUUAGCGGUAGCGGGGCAACUUCAUUUGGUCAUGUGUAUGCGCAUCACACGCCAACAUUAUUAAGUUCAAAUACGACAGCCAUGAGAAAUGGGGUUUUUUACGCGGAAGGUGAGAACCUUCGAAAUACUGGAACGCAUGCAUCAAUCACUCCUACAGGACUGGGGGCAGCGUGUUUGCAGGCUCCAUCUGGUGCUCCACAAGACAGUCACGAUUGGCGAUCAUGGAAUACCCACGGUUACUUUUGUCCUUCCGAACAGCAGUCCAAGGUACCGCACGGGACACCAGCUGGCCCACUGGAGUUAACCUCCGAGUCCAACACGGAGAGCGUUGGGGUGCAAUCACAUGGUCACAUGCGCACUCAUCCUCUGCACUCAACUCCUUGUGGUUACCCAUACACACAUCGGACAUCGGGCGCGGAUAACAGCACGAACACUACCACAGCAUCCGAGCCGCUUCUAAUGUCCGCGCCACCACCGACGCCACUGGAUUCUCGCUCACACUUCAGCGGCAUAUCCUCGGGCAACUCGACCAGUUUGUAUUCCCGUUCCUUGCUAAGCGGGGCUUCUAACACCGGGCUACAAGCCGGUGGUGCCAGUCAUGGUGCUCAAACUAAUGGCGACGUCUAUGGCCCUGCUUCCAUUAGCCAAGCUGAUCGAAUGCACUAUCCGCGUUCCGAAUUGCAGAUUGAGGGUAUCCUGGGAAAAGGGAUCUUUGGUGAUAUUUUUCUCGCCAGAGCACGCAACAUACAGGAGGAUGAAAGUCAGUCACUUGUUCUGGUCAAGUCUUUAGCAUCACAUGAGUCAACGCAUAUUAACGAGUUUCAUCGCCAGUUGGAACUUUUUGGCAAAUUAAAUCACGAACACGUGACCAGGUUGCUUGGAAUUUGCAUGGAACAAGAGCCCUUCUACAUGCUGCUGGAGUAUUGUGAAUGGGUAAGAGAAUCGAAGUAA